UUUCCGUAGCGGCGCGGCGUCUCUUUUGGCGCCUUCGUGCAGCAGCAGCAACACUCCUGCAACACUCCUCCAGCAGCUGCACCUCAGGCUCUCAGGCAACUCCCAGGCCAGGCCUGAGUUUUUACGGAGGGAAAAUGGGCAAGAAGCAGAACACCAAGACCAAGAGUAAGGACGCAUCGGACAACCCGGCGGAGGAGCCCGAGGAGUUUGUGGUGGAGAAAGUGCUGGACCAGCGUCUGGUGAACGGGAAAGUGGAGUUCUUCCUGAAGUGGAAAGGUUUUACAGAUGCUGACAACACCUGGGAGCCCGAGGAGAACCUGGAUUGCCCCGAGCUGAUUUCUGCGUUCCUCGAAGCGCAGAAAAACGUAAAGGAGAAGCCCACUCCUGUCAAGAGAAAGUUAUCCACGGAUGAACCAGAAGCAGAGGCCAAGAAAAAGGAUGUGGUUGAAAAACCACGUGGCUUUGCGAGGAACCUUGAUCCAGAGCGAAUUAUUGGUGCAACAGACAGUAGCGGGGAGUUGAUGUUCUUGAUGAAAUGGAAAGACUCAGACGAAGCUGAUUUGGUCCCAGCUCGUGAGGCCAACACUCGUUGCCCUCAGGUGGUCAUUUCCUUUUAUGAGGAGCGACUGACAUGGCAUUCUUGUCCAGAGGAUGAAGCUCAGUAAUGUCCCUGCUGAGCCUUGCACCUCCUCCUCCUACACCCUUCCCAGGACUUGAGUUUCUCCUGUGACCUUCCUCCUAGUUUUUAGCUAUCUUAAUUACUUUUGAAGGUGUUUCAGUGCUAGCAUUAAAUGGCAGUUGUGUUAUACGUUGCUGUUGUACAUACUAGUGAAACAGAUUUUGAAAGUAGGUUUAUUUUGUGAUGAAUCUCUUUGAUAGACAACCCGUAAUCAUACCUGUUCGGUUAAGUUCCCCGCCAUUGUCCCCUUCCCAAUUUCAUUAAGCUGUUAUGUUGUUUUUUUUCUCUUUGUGUUUGUUUUUUUUUCCUUUUUUAUUUUCUUUGUUCACAAGCGCUGAUGUUUUUAAUGUGCUUUUUGUUCACCUUUUUCUGUAAAUAUUAUUUCCAGUACAAAUAAAAGGUUUUUAUGUCACCAAA